AUGUCACUGAAUACAGUGACCAGCGGUGUCAGCGGCGUCGGAAGUCAACUCCCGAAUCAAGUCGAAUCCGUGACGGACAACGCGCAGAAGGUGACCGAAAAGCCUUUGCAGCAAGUACAAGAUACCACGGGAGAUGUGACAGACGACAUCAUGCCUGGCGAGUUCCCAUCGGACGAUCAACCCAGCAAGCAGAGCGAGCCCCAAGGCGAGAUCUCAGUCGGCGCCAUCUGGACAGCAUUCAGCGGCUGGAUCUGUGGACUGUUCCCCGGGCCAUGGAUAGCUUCGAAUGGCUCGUUCAAUGGCUGGUGGACCGAUACCUUCCUCCGCCAAGACAAGCGGCCAUCUACGAAAAAGCGUUGA